UUGGACCAGCUGGACCCUCUAAUUGCAGACGGACCAAUAUCCAUUCAACAUUAGGACUAACCAAAUGUUGAUCAAAUUUUAAUGUGACAAAUUUCAUGUGGGUGUUUAAGACACAAUGCUGCCCUAGUCGUCUCUUGUGCUCUUCUCAUCCAAUUUUCUUUUCCAUGAAGCUAUAGUCACCUUGGACCCCGGAUCUUACAAAGAGGAUUCUGACUGUGAAUGAGAAAGGGGGCUUAAUAGGAGGAAAUAAAGCAGGACAAUGGGAACAGGCACAAGGAUGUGAUUACAGAGGUUUAAGGCUGUGUACCAUUUUCUUGGAAGGGGGAAAGAUGAAGAAGUGUGAGCUCUGCGACUCUCUGGCAAAGAUGUACUGCGAAUCGGAUCAAGCUAGCCUUUGUUGGGACUGCGAUUCUCAGGUUCAUGGCGCAAAUUUCCUGGUCAGCAAGCAUUCAAGAACACUUCUUUGCCAUGUUUGUCAGUCUUCGACGCCUUGGAGUGGCUCCGGACCAAAGCUCAGUCCUACUAUUUCUGUUUGUGAAAGUUGUGUGAAUAGUGGCGAUACCCAAAAUGAGGCAAAUGACCAUGGUGAUGAUUAUGAUGACGACGACGACGAUGAUGAUGAUGAUGAUGAUGGGGGUGGUGGGGAAGAUGAUCUUGAUAGAGAAGACAACAUUGAAGAUGAUGAUGAUGGUCAUGGUCAUGGUCAUGAGGAUCAAGGAGAUAUUGAUGAAGAUGAUGAAGAAAAUCAAGUAGUUCCAUGGUCUUCAACUCCGCCUCCAUCAGCCUCAAGUUCUUCAACUAGUGAAGAAGGCCUCUCUGAUUCAAGAAAAAAGUUUUCAUGGAAGCGUGUGCGUGGGAGUACAGAGCAUCAUUCGCAGAAGAGCUUUUCAAAAGCACAAUAAUCCAGGAUCCCAAGAACAGGAAAAGAACUGUCUCAAGCAGAUUUGGGAAUGCUGAAGCCAAGACCAAAGGCUCUGCAGACAAUGAAAGCUGGUUUCCAAGAGACUUCAUCAUGAUGGCAUAUUUAGUACUAAAAGUCUUCAUGAUUUCUUGAUGGCAUAUUUACUAACCUGUAGAGUAUAGCCCUUUAAUCUUAUUUAAGGUGAAUUCCUUUUCCUUUAAUUUUUCCAUUGAGGAGUUGGGUAAAUUUCCUUAUUUAUUCAAUAUAGUGAUCUCAACUCGGAUUGUGUCCUUACAAGUCUUUAGUCAUUGAUAUGGUAAAUAUCUCUGCUGUACUUUCUUCCCUAUAAUGUCUGCAGUUUGCUUAGUUUCAGAAUUUUGUCACUACGCCAAGAAAAGAAGAAGAAGAAAAAGAAAAAUAGGAUCGAAAUAGUUUCCUUUUCAACCUUGGUUAGGCAGCUCAAAUCCUUAAACAGUGUUGUAAUGAUGGAUAUGUUGAUAAAAAGUAGAAAGUCUAACUCUGGGUCUUUUUUUGUUU